AUGAGGAUCAGUGAGCAGCCUUCGGACUGUCUGGAGGGGAGGGGCCAGAUGCUCCACCACGCCCUUCCCUACUCUGUGGCGCGCCGCCUGCAAAUGGGUUCAGCCGCUGGGGAGGCCACCCCCACCUCCACCCCCACCACCACUCUCACCCGCAUCCGGGGGGUUCCACUGCCUUCAGCUCCACCCCAGCCAUCCCCACCACCCCCACACACACCACCACCCGGACUUCUUCUGCCCGCCUCCACCUGCCCCUCUAACCAACCCCUCGCCGCACGAGAGGGGAGGGGGAGGGGGCGAGACCCCAAAGUGACAGGGCCCACGUUCAUACCAUCUGUAGGGGAGGACACCUGGGGACAAGUCCAGCGGGCAACCCUUCCAGAUGGGCACCCCAACCGACUGCCAGGGGUUGGUGGGUGGGGGCGGUGCAGUGCCAAGGAUAAGGCCAUGGAGAAGAGUAACUGGCACAGGAAACAGCAGCAGCAGCUGUACAGAAAGGCUGAGAAGACCCCAGACUGGAUGCAGCAGCAGAGUCACCACCCCCAACAACCCCAUCCCCAACAACCCCUUCCCCAGCAGGCCCAGCCCCAACAGCUCCAACAGCCCCAACAGCCCCAUCCCCAACAACCCCUUCCCCAGCAGCCCCAGCCCCAACAGCCCCAGCCCCAACAAACCCAGCCCCAACAGCCCCAGACCCAACAACCCCAGACCCAACAACCCCUUCCCCAGCAGCCCCAGACCCAGCAGCACCAAGCCGUGCGUUCUCGCAGCGUCGAAUGCAUCAAUAGCGUGGGAGUGGACACCACCGAUGUGUUCAGGCCCUCUCUUCCCCCAGGGAGCCAAGGCCGGACACUCCCUCCCCCACUCAGUCAACACUUCCCUACAGAGACUGCUCCCUCCCGGGGGCCCCCUGCCCAACGCCUCACCCUGGGGGUCGAGGAGGUGCAGGCGGUGGUGCUGGAGGUGGGAGUUGUUCUUUACAGAGAGAUGGUCAGAAGGUGGCCCGUAUUCGCCACCAGCAGCACGGUGGGCCUGGCCCGGACGCCGCCCAGCAGCAGAGCUGAACCAGAACAACAAACAGAACCAGGACCUGAACAGGAAGCUAGAGAUGUCCCGUACGGCUACAGCAACAGUGGGCAGGGACAGCAGCAUCACCCCAGCAGCCCCGGUUCCUCCUGGGCCAUGAGGCCUCACCACAUCCACCCUGCAGAGGAGGAGCAGCAGCGGAAGGCCUACAUGGAGUCUCUCAGUGGUGGCAGACAACAGCCCCAGCAACAACCAGGGCAAGCCCCAGCCACCUCCACCCCCAGCCCCCUCUCAGCAGCAGCAAGACCCCAGGUCGCCUCACAGGCCCAGGAGGAGAGCAGUGCCAUGAAGAGCCUGCUGAAGUACAGCACCCAGCAGCCCCUGCUCCUCUCCCAGAAGAGUCCCUUCGGAGGCCUGGGGAGCCUCAAAUCCGCUGGUCCUGGGGUCCUGGAGGUGGAGCCCCUGGGGUUAGCUGCACCCUGCAAGGCAGCAAACAACAACAGGCCUUGCCCACCAGGAAGGGCCCGGUCAAUGACGGCGAGCUCUGACUGUGGGGGGCGUGGCCGGGAGGUGGGCGAGGCGGUGGGUCACGGUGAAGGAGAGGUGCGCCAACCGCCUGUGGGCAUCGCAGUCGCCGUGGCGGGCAGAGGAACCGUCCUGUCGCCCGGUGGACGCCCACCCCAACAGCCGGCAGGGGCGGGUGCACCCCUCCAUGAAAGGACCUCCUCGCUCCAUGUACCCUCAGACCCUGCAGGAGAGGAGGAGAGGAAGAGGAUGAGUGGAGAGCGGAUGGGUCUGACCUGCCUGGACCGAGACAGAGAGGCCUACAUCAGGGAUAAUAAGGAUCCAGUGGACUUCACAAGGAUCCAUCCGUCCAACAGCUGUCACGGUGACAUCACCUCUCACCUCAUGGUGCCGGGUGGGACUUCCCUACAAUCUGGCCAAUUAGGAGACCCCUCUGCACAUGCACACGCCCACUCGGCCCACCACCAUUGGCUGCCGAGCACUGGAAGUCCCUCCAUCUGGAUGACAAGCCACUCCUACGGAAUCGGCCACUCAGCCCUUCACCAGAACCUCGCCCCAGGUUUUUCUGCAGCCAUGCCAGGGUCUCUACAGCCUGUGCUGCCUCUGCCUCAGGACCCGUCUACCCAGCUGGUGGUGCUACCCACAGAGCCUGCUGCCCACCCUGUCACACAUCACCUGGAUGUGAUGGAGCAGCCUGGGCUGUGGCCCCCAGUGUACGGAGCCCGAGGGCCCUCCUCCCACAUACACCCACAACACCCCGCUGUGUACUCCCGCUCGCAGUUUCUACGGCAACAGGAGCUGUACGCUCUCCAGCAGCAUCAACAGCAUCAUCAUCUGCAGCAGCAGCAUCAACAUCAACAGCAACAGAGUCACCAGUCACACCCCCAGCCACAACCCCAGUCACACCCCCAGCCACAGCCACAGCCACAGCCCCAGCCACAGCCCCAGCCCCAGCAGCACCACAGGGCAGCACAGACCAUGGAGCUUCAACACAGACCCAACCACGCCCAGGUGCAGAAGAGACCAGAGUCAGUGGAGCUGGAGGAGCUGCUCUCUGAGCCACCAGGAUCUAAACCUUCCAAACCCUACUCCUCCUACCACAGAAACACCCCCACCCAGGGGGCCUGCACUGCUCACCUGUCCCCCUGCUGCCAGUCCCAGUCCCCCACCCUGCGCCCCCACCCUAAGAGCACCCCAUCCACCCCCUGCCCCGCCCCUAGCCCUGCAGCCGCCGCCCCUCGGUCUCCGGAAAUCAGUCCCGCCCCCCCACAGCUGCCAAAAGGGGCGGAGACCCAGGACAAGAGAGGAGAGGGACAGCCCCUGCAGGAUUACCCACAAUCCCUGGAGCCUGACUUGCCUCCUGGAUACACCUACCCUGCCAUCGCCAUGGGUUACAGGAGCUGCACAUCGCCCCACGAUGUCCGAUUGGCCGAGCCAGCUGACCUGAGGCGGUUCAGGCGGAGCCUGCUGAGAAUGCUCCCCAGCCUCUCUCCAGCCUAGGGGCGGAGCUAGAGUGUCAGGCCAUGGUGAGGCCCCUCCCACACCAGGACGUGGAGGAGGAAGAGGAGGGGCAAAAGGAAGAGGAGGUGCAGAGAGAGGAGGUGGAAGCCAGAGAAGCAGCAGGCAGCUGUGGACCUCCAGAUCAGGAGCAUAGGGAGGAGCAGGAGGAGGAGGUGUCAGUGUGUCCUCCUACGGAGAGCCGUGUGUGUGACACCGCCUCCUGUUCCAUCCCUAUCCCCCUCUCUGAGGAGGAGAACCACAGAGAUGACCCCACCUCCACCCUGGAGGAGCAGGAGGAGGAAAAGUGCAAGGUGGAGAGAGGACAGCAGCAGGAGGUGGCAGGAGAACAGGAGGAGCAGGACUCCACCAUCAUCGACCUGGACCCUCCCUGCACUGCCCAACCCCACCAGGAGGCAAAUACUGAGGAGGAAGAGGAGGGAGGAGAGGAGGAGAGUACUCCUAAUGAUG